UUCCAGAACCAUCUUGUUGCUCUCAUUCUAGGGUUCUCUGCAAUCUUUCGCCUUCUUCUUCUCUGGUUAUACUGAUCGAGAUCUUCUCCCGGAGUAUCAAGAUCUAAUUUCGAGCUUCUCGGCGUUAUCAGCAAUGGCGGCGGUGGCGGCUCCCGUGGCACAACCUCGUGCUUCAUCGAAGACAGAGUCGUUCGUCGAUAACAAGCGGAAGGAGGAUAUCAGACUUGCGAACAUCAAUGCGGCCCGCGCCGUCGCUGACGCCGUCCGUACUAGCCUGGGUCCGAAGGGUAUGGACAAGAUGAUCUCAACGGCGAGCGGCGAGGUUAUCAUCACGAACGACGGCGCAACCAUCCUCAACAAGAUGGAAGUGCUGCAACCGGCGGCGAAGAUGCUCGUCGAGCUCUCAAAGUCGCAGGAUGCAGCCGCUGGAGACGGUACCACCACGGUGGGUGUCAUCGCCGGUGCGCUUCUCAAGCAGUGCCUCACUCUUCUCACGAGUGGGAUCCACCCGACUGUCAUUUCGGAUUCGCUUCACAAGGCUACGGCUAAGGCGGUAGAUAUCUUGACCGCCAUGGCUGUCCCUGUGGAGCUCUCGGAUAGAGAUUCGCUUGUCAAAUCUGCGAGCACGUCUCUGAACAGUAAGGUUGUUAGUCAGUACUCUACUCUGCUUGCUCCUUUAGCUGUAGACGCGGUUCUCUCUGUUGUGGAUCCGGCGAAGCCAGAUUUGGUGGAUUUGCGUGAUAUUAAGAUUGUUAAGAAGCUUGGUGGGACUGUGGAUGAUACAGAGAUGGUUAAAGGUUUAGUCUUUGAUAAGAAGGUAAGCCAUGCCGCUGGUGGACCGACUCGUAUGGAAAAUGCUAAGAUCGCUGUGAUUCAGUUCCAGAUUUCACCUCCCAAGACUGACAUUGAGCAGAGCAUCGUCGUUUCUGAUUACACUCAGAUGGAUAGGAUUCUUAAGGAGGAGAGGAACUACAUUCUGGGUAUGAUAAAGAAGAUCAAAGCAACGGGUUGCAAUGUGUUGCUUAUCCAGAAGAGUAUUUUGAGGGAUGCUGUGACCGAUCUAUCCCUUCACUACUUAGCAAAAGCCAAGAUUCUGGUGAUUAAGGAUGUAGAGAGAGACGAGAUUGAGUUUAUAACCAAGACAUUGAACUGCUUGCCAAUUGCCAAUAUCGAACAUUUCCGUGCUGAGAAGCUUGGCCAUGCUGAUCUCGUCGAAGAAGCUUCUCUUGGAGAUGGAAAGAUUUUGAAAAUCACCGGAAUCAAAGAUAUGGGGAGAACUACCACCGUUCUUGUCCGUGGAUCGAACCAGCUCGUUUUAGACGAAGCCGAAAGGAGUUUGCACGAUGCAUUGUGUGUGGUCAGGUGUCUGGUGAACAAGAGGUUCUUGAUCGCUGGAGGUGGUGCACCAGAGAUUGAGCUGUCAAGGCAGCUUGGUGCUUGGGCUAAGGUGCUCCAUGGCAUGGAGGGUUACUGUGUGAAGUCUUUCGCUGAAGCCCUCGAGGUUAUUCCUUACACGUUGGCUGAGAACGCGGGACUGAACCCCAUAGCCAUAGUGACUGAACUCAGGAACAGGCAUGCACAAGGGGAAAUCAAUGCUGGGAUCAAUGUGAGGAAAGGGCAGAUCACUAACAUCUUGGAGGAGAACGUGGUGCAGCCACUUCUUGUGAGUACCAGCGCGAUCACUCUUGCAACUGAGUGUGUAAGGAUGAUUUUGAAGAUCGACGACAUAGUUACCGUGAGGUAAUUUCAACAGGAGAGGUCAGAAAGCGCUUCUCUUGCCCGUAUGGAGUUUCUGUUUCUUUGUUAUUUUCGUGUUUGUUGAACUAGCGCAUGUUUUGUCUUGACAACAAAAAGGAGCACAAAAAAAAAGUAGAAAACUAUUUCACCAUAUGCCACUGCAGCCAAGUGGUCUGAAGUUGAAAAUCUAUUUCUGGGAACUCCUUUAGCAUUUGGUUUAUUAUCGGUGUGUGUUUCUUCCUAGUUGCUUUAUAUGUUUCAUGUCUCUCUUUCAUUUGAAAGUACUUUUAAUGCUUAUUUCACUAUUUUAUC